CAUUUGUUUUCGGCUCGAAAGGAAUUCCCUGAUUGAUUUGAGAAGCGGCCAUGAAGAUCGGCGAUCUCUCUUCUCACUGUCAAGAAAGCGGUCAUGAAGGCGCUGUUGAAGGCAGUUUGCUCUUUCAGCCUGCUCAGCGGCUUCGUGGGGCGCUAUGGCCUCCCCAGCGCCAUCCUCCCCCCCUCCACCCUGCCCUGUCUGGCCUUCUGUGCAAUGAUCUACCUGUACAUCUACGCCAUCUGCGACACCAUCCGCGAGUAUGGAUGGGGCAAGCGGCAGCGAGCUGACCUCAAGGCGCAGCGCUAUGCCGUCGUCGGUGUGUGGGCGACGCUACUCUAUGCCCUUGCCUCCGGCCUCUUCGUCGUUGCCGCCCUCUGCUUCGUCAUGUGGGGAGCCAUGGGCGUGCCCGGAGCAUCGGCCCUUCCCGACAGUACCAGUGCCACUCCCACCGCCAACACCGUCCUCGUCGUCAACGGACCCAGCGGAAACGGCAAGACCUCCCUUUGUCGACUCCUCACGGGAGACAAGGAGCGCUUCAAGCCCCAAAGUGGCGCUAAGUCCGCCACGCGAGGCGUCGUCCACGCCCGUUUCCCGGUUCAGACGCCGAGAGGACUGUGGGCCAUCGUCGCAGACACGGCUGGGUUUUUUGAUACAAGCCACGACGCUCUCUUCGUCUCGCGAGAGCACCGUGAGGGCUACAGACAGCUCGCCGAGAGAUAUGGCCAUGGCAUCGACGUCAUCAUCGUGUGUUCCGACUGUGGCCGCUGGGGGGAGAUCUUCGAACGAACAAUGACGAUCAUCAAGAACCAGAUGGGCGUCUCGGUGCUGAAUCGCAUUCUCAUCGUGAUCACAAAAAAGGAGGGGCGAAAGCUGGAGAAGAUCCUCGAUGAUGACGCCAGAAAAAAGAUCGAGCAGACCUUUGAGACGGUACGUUGCUCACGCACAAAGGAAUCUCAUCGUGCACCGGUACGUUGCUUGCAUGGUCUCUCUCUCUCUCUCUCUCUCUGUGUGUGUGUGUGUGAGCAGGCACCGUUCCCAGAGGUGGUCGCUGUGGAAAUGGGCGGCGAAGACGGAGAGGAAAACCGGUAUCCCGAACAGUACGAGCCGUCUCGUAAGGCCGGCAUGAACGCCAUCGACCGCAUCGUCAAGCGCAACAACGGGUCCAAGUGGUCCAACCAUCUCUUCGACCAGGCCAGGAAGGAGGUGACCGAGGCUGCCGCCGGCAUCACGCAUCCCCAAAAGAUGCGUGACAAGAAUGAGAUCGUGAAGCAGUUCAACAAUGGGCAGCUCGACAAGGUCGCUGCCCUUGGUCUCCUCGUCGAAGUGAAGGCAGGGGACGACGAGCUGAGAGCGGAGGAGGCCGAGAAGGCAAGGGUGGAGAAGGAGAACAAGGAGGUCGGAGACAAGGCCGCAAAGCUGGAAGAGAAGGCCACAAAGCUGGAGGAGGAGAACAAGGAGCUGAAGAAUCGCCCGCCGGAAGUGCACCACCACUAUCACUACGAGAGCGACAACUCCUGCUCCAUCAUGUAAGGUAUGCUGCAUAUGCUCCCUUGACUCAUCUGAUGGAUUGUGGACUGGUGUGUGUCGCACUUGUUGUAGGGAGACGUUUUUCAAGUGCGCCGCGGAGGUCGCCAAGGCAGCGGAGAAGGGCGCUCACGCCGUCACGGUGCGGGGACGGACUACCCAUCCGAGUGGAGUGGUGGAGACGCGCCGAGUGGAGUGCGGUUCGUCUAGCUACUCACUGGUGUGCGCCACAGCGUGUCUCGACAAAGUCGGCACGCAGUUGGCGCGUGAGUGUGUGUGUGUGAGAGAGAGAGAGAGAGAGAUUCGUCCGGUCGAGUUCUUUUCUAUCCAUCGAUGAGCCUCUUUGCUGUCAAUGGCCGGUGGUUGCUCGCCUGUUUGUUUGCCUGACUACUAAAGGACUAAUGAGUGAUGUGUGUGGCAGUCAAUAACGAGGGGGAGAGAGAGAGAGAGAGGGAAGGUCUGCUGAGUGUAUGCCCGGUCUCCCACUGACUUUCUCAAGGUCGCAUUUUUGCAGACGAGCUAUUUGCCCUCAACUCAACAGCGUGACAUGACCAGUCUGACAGCAGUCGCCAUCAGUGUGCUUCAUGCAUCAGCGACACGCCCCCAUUGCUUUGACACAUGUGGUUGUGCACAUGGAAGAGGGCGAGAGGAAGAGAGGGACGGACGGAUGGAUGGACGGAUGGAGGCACACUUUCGGCGUGUGCAUGUGCAUGUGCGUGUGCGUGUGCCUGUGUGUGUGAGAGUCUUUUUUAUGGUGCAGUGCUGUUCAGUCUUUCUCUCUACCUGCCUGCUUGGCUGCCUAGAUGCGUUGAUGGUGCUCUCUACCUGCCUGGGUGGCACUCUCAAUGGCCGGUGGUUGCUCGUCUGCGUGUUCGCCUGACUGCUCAUGGACUGAUGCGUGAUACAUGUGGUUGUGCACAUGAAAGAGGGAGAGAGAGAGAGAGGGAGGGAGGGAGGGACGGACAGUAGCGUAGUCACUUUUUCAGAGUCGUGUGUAUUCGUCGUCGAUACAACAGGUCGCUAUGCUCGUUAUUCGUGCAGAGGGUUCCGUGAUUUGUUAGGUCAGCUCGUUUUUCCUUGGUGUGUGAAGACACGGUUCAGCGUUACACUCAACAGCGUGACACA